AUGAUUGAAGUCGAAGAGUGCUACACGGAGGAACAUAUCAAAGACGCUCUUAAGAAGGUCCCACCUCAUCUGGAGAAAACUUAUCGAAGGAUAUUUGAUCGUAUCAAGGAUAGAGAUGUGUCACUAGCGCGGCGAACAUUCACUACUAUUUGUCUCUCACCUGUGCGUCUUGAUCUGAAGACGGUUGCCGAUAUGGUGGGAUUAGGAUAUCCUGAGUCAAUCAUCAAAAUCUGCACAAUAUCUCUUGUUAGCAGGUCUGGUGAUAAGGUGCAGACGGCCCAUUUCUCGGUGCAGGAAUUACUUGUCAUUUCAGAUGAAAAUGGCUCGCAUCAUCCAUGCCAAUUCUCGGCCAUCGAUGGACAGAUAUAUCUCGCGGAAAGAACAGUAGAUUGUAUUCUUGAGCAGACUGAAUUUCUGACGCGAGAAGAAGCAGUGAAUCAGGCCUCGUUUAUGUACGCGGCCAGUUACUGGGAUACCCACCUGGCUGCAUUGGGAGACGUCGAUCAAGCUAUUCCAGGCUUACAAGCGAAGAUUGAUCAUCUCUUUACUGAACCAAACAUCUACUUGAAUCGGGUGCGAGCUGCCGACAUUAAUGAGUACCAAGACGAGAGCCUCUGGGUGAGAGUACUUCAAGAAUGCGAUCCUCCCAUUUAUAGGGCAUCUCGUAUGAGUCUGAUUAAGACAGUGAACAUAUUGUUUACGCAAGGCGCGGAUGCUUUACUAUCUUUCCAGCCACCCAAUUGGCCAUGGGAAAAAAAUUCAUUGACUGAAGCUGCUCAGCAUGGCCAAUUAGAUGUUUUAAUUUUGCUUUUGAGCAAAAGUCUCUCACUCACUCAAGAUAUGGUCAGCCCAAUAUUGAAAUAA